CUAUUUCAUUGAUAUUUAUUUUAGAAUGUAAUGGGACUAUCACUAAGCGAUGUGCAUAUAAUAGGAUGCUCAUUAGGAGCGCAUACAUCCGGCUUUGUUGGCCACUCAUUUCCCGGUCAGAUAGGUCGCAUAACCGGCCUUGACCCAGCUUACCCUGGAUUUGCUGGCCCUGGAAUAGACAAACUUAACCAAACAAGCUUUGGCAUAGCAGAAAACUUAGUGCACAUCGACUUUUGGCCUAACAAUGGAGUAGGCAAUGCUGACUGUAUAACACCGUGUAUGAAAGACCAUUUUAAGAAUAAUGCUGCUUCUGUGGACAAUUUAAGCUUAUGCGCGUCAUGCAGUCACGUGAUGGCCGCUAAUUAUUUCGUAGACAGCAUUGAUCCCAAGCACCGAAAUGGGACGGCACAUCACAACACGGACUAUGAUUCGUAUAAAGAGGGUGUAUGUAAUGGUAUAUCAGUUGAAAACAAUUCCACCUGUGCUAUUAUCGGCCAACUGGCCAUACUGUCCAAACCUCAUAAGAAUGACACAACAGGCAAAUCAUAUUAUUUAAAUACUAACUCCAAAUCUCCUAUUGAAUUCAACCAAUCCAAGGCAGCGUGGCUCAGUGGUCUGAGUCUCGCAUUGCAGAGCUGA